AUGGGCUUUUUCAACAAUGCGUGGAAAGCUCUCGACGGCUUUGGUCAGGAAGCGGGAAAGCAUGUCGGACCUGCACUGGGAGAAACUUGGAAACACUUGGAUGCCUUCGGUCAAGAAGCGGGAAAGCAUGUCGGCCCUGCCGUAGGCGAAGCGUGGAAGCAUAUGGAUGCCUUUGGCCAUGAAGUCGGUAAACACGUUGGCGGCGCUGCGCACGAGGCCUGGAAGAAUGCCGACGCCUUUGGUCACGAAGCGGGAAAGCACGUUGGUACCGCGGCAGUACGUGGCAAGAAAUGGGUCGAAGAACAUCCCAAAGAGACAGUCGGUGUCGUGGGGUGUGUGCUUGCUGCACCUGUCGGGAUUGCGGUUGCGAGGGGAAUGUUAGGCAUGGCUGGGUUCACUGCUACAGGAGUUGCUGCUGGAUCCGCCGCUGCCGCAGCGCAAGCUGGCAUCGGCAACGCCGCGGCUGGAAGUGCUUUUGCUAUCCUGCAGAGCGCUGGUGCUGGGGGUGCAGGUGCUCUACUUGUCAAUGGUGUUGCUGCUGGUACGGCCACAGCGGCAGCCGUUGCGGCUACUGCUCCUGGACUUAUCAAGGCUAUCAAGGAGGACAUGAAGGCUAUCGAGGAAGACCAGCAGGAAACCACCGUUGACAACAUCGCAUGCAAGCAUGAAGACGAGGAAGAGGAGGGACAUGCAACUGAAAAGGGAGAGGACGGUUCUACAUCUGAGGAGGAGAAAGUUCCUGCAACUGAGAAGGAGUAA